UGUAUCCGAUGAUGAAAUCCAUUCUUCAGCAUCUCGGAAACGGGCUUCAAGAAUCAGCUCCAGUGUCGAUGUAUCACUUCAAUUUUGUGGACCGGUACCAGACGGCCGUUUCAGCCACCAAUUUGCCGCUGUCGCGACUCUACGGCAUCUGCCAUGGGGCAGAAAUUCCGCAUAUUUUCCAUCUAGCGCUGAAUAAUCUGGAGUUGGCGUACCCCAAUGCACCGGAAAUGCGCAUCUCCAUGGAGCUGGUUAAUCAGCUGAUCAACUUUGCCUACGAGGGAAAACUGAUAACAAAAAAUCUAACCUGCACAACCUGCAAUGGCCAGAAUAGUACCGUCGACUUCCUGGAAUUCACCAACGGCCCAAACAACGUGGUCCAAGUUAACUUGUUGGGACCUGCCAGUGAUCAGGUGGCAUAUCUAAACGACACUUACAGCUGGUGGACCACGGUAGCACAACAGUCUAACUGAUUUUCGGAAAAGGAUUUUUUUUGUUAACGAAU